GGAUGCUUCGGUGCAGACGGCUUCUUGCAAAUCGCAGAACCGCGGAGCAUGCUCAUCGUGGCGAUUUCGUCGCAGGGCGACUCGCGGCCAUGAACCCUGUUAGUGCAUAUAUUGUUCGAGUAUAAAAUGCUGCAAGCUUCUAUAAAGCUUCGGCGUGGGGACAAGCUACCAAGUUGCCCACUGCGUAUGCAGUCAGUUAGAAGGCAAUUCUUCCGAUAUUCCUCGUUCAACUUCCGUCCGCGAUGCUGAUUCCGGGCUCGAUGUGACGUCAAACCUUCGAAUUUGAAUGUCCCAUGUUCACCGGGACAUCCAAAUCUGGUCCUUUGCCUUGGCAGCUACUAACAGAAACAGGUUCUGGACACAACUAUGGGUAAGAGAUCCGACGUAGUGGUGAAGCAUAAAUUUAGCUCUUCUAGCGGGAAAUGUGCGAGCAUUGCAUCUACUACUUAAAUCGAUUCGGCUCAUCGGUGCCGAGUUAUUAAUACCACAUGCUUACGGCUCUCUCCUUCAGUCAACAGUACGCCAUCUAGGUGGACUCACCAAGAUGAAUUCUACAGCUAAAAGCGGUACACCCGAUGGUGUGAUUGCUAGAGAGAUAGUUCGUUGUUACAAAAGGUCGAAGCGAGUUGUCAAGUUUUGCCACACCGAAUCUGUAUCCAUUACAAUUUGUAGACUUCGUUCUUGCCAGUUGUUCUGACAAAUGGUCACAAUCAACAUGUCUGUGUGUGUUAGAUCAGGGAGGAUUCUACAUCUCCAAACAAUAGUAGACUGUGAGGGUCAUGGAUGAUAGCGCAGGAACCCAGCUAGAAAAUUUUCCAGAAUUUAAGCAGGACCAUGGAGAGCCACCGCGAGAACAGAAUGAGGAGGAGGAGGAGCGAGCGAGACGACCAAAUUUCCUACUGUGGCAACUAGCAGUUUCUUCUGUUUUCGUGGACAUAAAUCGUCACAAAAUGAAAGCUCGUGAAGUAGAAAUGUCACAACAAAGCUCUGUUGAACUGGAGAAGUCAUCAGUGACGGUGGUGACAUCAGUUGGGACUAUAGAACGGGAAUCGAAUGCGAAGGAGCCCGAUGUCGAAAAUGGAAUCCAGGUCCAAUAUAAUUCUCUGGAGUUCAAGCCAUAUGAAAUCUGUACGGGUAGGAAAUACGUGCAGGACUCGACCACUCUGCUUAUCAAAGACCUCUUGGCCCGAGAGCGAAGAAUGACGAGGACGUAUGGCCCUUCCUUCUACGAUUUCCCAUGACUGUGUUCGGCAUAACGAUGGGUUUGGGAAGCCAUGCUAUAAUGUGGAAAAAUAUUGCGCAUUUGAAGUCGAUGCGCACUUUUCACGUACCACGAUUGAUCGGCGCCAUCUUCUGGUUCCUUUGUCUUCUUCACUUGUUAGUUAUCACCACGAUAUAUGGUGCCAAAUUAUUUAGAUGGCCAAAGGCCGUUCACUUGGAGUUUCUACAUCCGGUGAGAUCGAAUUAUUUUGCAGCUCCCUUCAUUUGCUGUCUGUUCCUCGUCAUAGGUGCUCCCAGUUUUGCCACAGGAGAUGGAAGCGGAUCGGCGAUAAAUCCCUUUCUUGUUGUUCAUGUGUGGGAAUCGUUUUUCUUCACAGCUCCGCUGAUUUUGUACGAGGUCCAUCUCUAUGGCCGUUGGCUCAUGAGCAGUGUUGGCAGAUUAAGCGAGAUAGGCAAUCCGACGACACAAAUCGCUGUGGUUGGAAACUUUGUCAGUGCUACGACUUUUGCCUUGGCUGGAUACAGAGAGAUGGCCAUAUUUCCGUUCACUGUUGGGAUCAUGCACCAGAUGGUGGUUUUUGCAGUUAUAUUUUCCAGAAUUCCUCCGAAAAAGGUCAUUGGUGUGCAGCUAAGGCCUUCUUACUUUCUAUUUGUAGCUCCUCCCAGCGUUGCUGCGGUGUCUUGGAGUCAUAUACAAGGGAGGGUCGAUGAUUUUGCCACCAUACUCACAUUCACGGGAGUUUUUUUCCUGAUCAUCAUGGUCUCCCGCGCAAGUUUUUUCUUCACAGGAGUGAGGUUUUCGUUGGCGUGGUGGGCUUUCACUUUCCCGUCUGCGGCCAUAAGCAUAGCAGUCAUGAAUUACGCAUCUUCUAGAUCCAUCGAUCCCCCACAUAUGAACGUCCCAAAGAUAUUUUCAUUCGUCUUGGUUCUUUCUGCUAGCCUAAUGUUGAUAGCCAUAUACGUAUGUACCGUCCGCCAAGCCCUUUCAGGUGAACUUUUUGGAAAAGACGAGGUGGUGAAAUCUGUUCUCCACGUCUCGGAAGAAGGUGGACUUGAAACUCAAACAUUAGCAUUAGAAGAAACUUAGAUCAUUUGUGUCUUCAAGUCUAGGGAUAAUAGAUUAUGCGAUCUAACCAGGUGGGACAGAUACCUUGUGACUGAUUGUGCCAAUCUUACCAUUAGUCCGUGAGUGUUGUGUCCCAACGGCUAUGUAGAGUAUGUAUCAAAUAUUAGAAUUGUCUAUUUACUGGUUAUAGUUUAUAAGCAGUCUAACGUAUCCCCAGUUUGUAGAUAUACUAGCGUCUGAUAUGGGUUGAUUGAAUCUCUGGGCUAGAGAAUGUCGUGUGCUGGAAGGCACACCAAGUGUGAUCAAUUAUUGCAACACGCAUCAGUUAAUUAGAUGAAACUUCUCAUGGAACGCUAUGCGGAAGAAUUGUAGUAUAUUUCUUUCGGACUUGGCAAGGCUGGGUUGUAAUGGAUCAUCCAAAUUACAAAGUACAGACUGCAUCAAUACUGUGUUUUUGCAAACCAUCCCUAUUGAGACCUUGAGGCUGGUGAUGUAUUAUGUUAGAUAUUGUAGUAAGAAGUUUUUAUUUAUACCAUUGUAGACAAACACUAGUUUUAG